AUGACGUGGACCAUCGUAUUGUUGCUGGUCGUUCUUAUCGCUGUCUUGCAAUCAAAGGAAGUGUUCCAGAUUCUCAACGUCGGAGUUUUGUUCGCACGAAAUGACACACAGCUCGCACCGUUUAUCGGAUGGAGAGAAACGGCAGGUGCAGUAGGCGUCGCAUGGGACAAAAUUCAACGCGACGGCAUUCUUCCUGAGUACAGUGAACUAAACUUGACGUGGGUAAUAAGUGAUUGCGAUAAUUCGCUAGACGCGGGCUCGAUUAUCGAGUGGGUGAGAAAUGGCGUUGACGUCGUGCUGGGACCGGCGUGCUCAUCAUCUGCCGUUGUAUCCGGAAUCGUGGGCAAAUAUUUCAACUUUCCGAUGGUCAUUUGGGCGCCCACGUUCUCUUCCGUGUUGCUGAACUCUGACGAUUAUCCCACAGUGAUGGCAACCACAUGGAGUUCAAUCAGAUCAACACCAACUAUGGAAUCGAGCGAAUUCUCAUGCGAACAGCCACUUAUUUUUUGUGGAAUGAUUUCCCUGUGGAUGAUUGGAGAUCCGUUCGAUUUCUUUGAUUUACAGUCAGGCUCGCAUACUGGAACUCCUAUUCGAGCGAUAUCAGUGGAGCGAGGCUCCUACCAGCUGAUGCAAUUCAAGUUGUUCCACUUCUUGAAUUCAACGCAACUUGAGAAUCUCUUGAUUUUGUAUGCUUGCCGUUGGUUGCUUGACGUCGAAAUAUGCAAAGUGCUGUCAAGUGAAGUUAAACGAUCGACGGAAUCAAACGAUUUGAUCUCAACGCACAAGAACAAUUUCGUAGUUGUUUGCAUGGAAUCUGAUGAAGCCCGGCGAAACUUAAUGAUUUCGAUAGCUGAAGAAGGUAUGGACACCGAUGACUUUGUCUGGCUGAUGAUUGAGACGCGAAAACUAGGGUUCGUUGCCGAAUUGGCGGAUGCGAUGAUGCUCUACGCGAUCGCACUAAAUCGUUCCACAGCCGCCGGGCUUGCGAAACCCACUGGCACUGAUUUGGCGCGAUUCUCAGCAGGGCAAUUUGAAGGGUUCUCUGGCACCGUAAUCAUCAACGAAAAUUGCACUCGAGAUCCAGUGUUCUUGGUUUAUGGACUGAACUCUUCUAAUCAGCAAACUGUUAUGCUGAAGAUUACGGAACGCGCUCUGAAUGGGGAUAGCACCCUGAUUCAAGACAUGCAACCUCCUUCCGUUAUGUGGGCAUCUCGUGGAGGUUCUCCUCCCCGAAAUCGACCAAGUUGUGACUACGAUGGGAGCGCCUGUCCGCCUACGUUCGUCGAGAAGUACUUGGCCAUCACACUGGUGGCCGUCAUCGUGCCAGUCGCCAUCCUUAUCACGGCAAUCAUCAUCAUAUUGAGAUAUCGCAAAUUCGAGGAAGAGCGUCUCAACCAACUAUGGAAAAUUCCAUUCGUCACUCUGAAGAGACGAAACACGAAGGUAUAA